CGUUUCCACGACGUGACCUGGCAACGCCAAAUCGCCAGUUAGAUCAUCAGUAGUUCCAGUGUAGGCCAAAAAGAAACCCCCAAAUUGAAACCCUAACAAAGGAGGGAAAGCCAAAGGAAGAAUCGAGAGCACCAUGGACAGAGACUGGGGCUCCAAACCCGGCUCCGGAGGCGCUGCCUCCGCCCAGACGGAAGCCAUGGACCGUCGUGAGCGCCUUCGUAGACUCGCCCUCGAGACCAUCGACCUCGCCAAAGAUCCGUAUUUUAUGCGCAACCAUCUGGGCAGUUAUGAGUGUAAGCUUUGCUUGACGCUACACAACAAUGAAGGGAACUACUUGGCACAUACACAAGGGAAGCGGCACCAGACCAAUUUAGCUAAGAGAGCGGCGCGUGAGGCUAAGGAGGCUCCCGCUCAGCCUCAGCCUCACAAGCGUAAAGUUUCUGUUCGGAAAACAGUCAAAAUUGGCAGGCCGGGGUAUCGUGUGACAAAGCAAUAUGAUCCAGAGACAAAGCAGAGGUCUCUUCUCUUCCAGAUUGAAUAUCCUGAAAUAGAAGACAAUACAAAGCCAAGGCACCGUGUUAUGUCGUCAUAUGAGCAGAGAGUGCAACCUUUUGAUAGGAGAUAUCAGUAUCUCUUGUUUGCAGCAGAACCAUAUGAGAUCAUAGCUUUCAAGGUCCCUAGCACAGAGAUCGACAAAUCCACUCCCAAGUUCUUCUCACAUUGGGACCCGGACUCAAAAAUGUUCACGCUGCAAGUAUAUUUCAAAACUAAGCCGCUAGAGGCAAACAAACCUCAACCUCCCCCUCCAGCCAAUGGUACUGCGGCGCCAGGUGCUCCUCCAAGGCCUCUGCCCCCACCACCUCAUGCUCCACCACCACCACCCCCUCCACCACAAGGACUGCCAAAUCCUCCUAGAGCGCCUCCACCUCCAGUGCCUGGUUCAUUACCACCUCCGCCACCACCCAUGGGAAAUGGUCCUAGGCCUAUGCCUCCUGGUGGAACUCCUAUAGCCCCACCCCCACCUCCUGGGGGUAGUGGGACAAUGGCAAAUUUCACUCCUAGGCCUCCAACAAUCCCUCCUCCACAAGGUUUUCCUGGUCAACAGAUGCAGGGCCACCCACCCCCGCCACCUCCUAACAUGGGACAGUAGGUCACCUGGCAUGCAGUGUCUCGAUAGGCUUAUCUCUAUGAAAGAUGUAUGCAAAUUAGUGCAUUUUUGAAUCAUUUAUGGGUCAGAUAAGUUAAAACUGGUAAUUGGGUUGUUAUUACCUGGGCAAAAAACACUCAGAGUGUCCUCAAGAUGUAUCUUUGUUCCAGUUCGUGCUACUUUGGCUAUACAUGUCAGUGCGAUUUGCUCAGAUAAGCCUAUUGCUAAAGAUCUGAACACUUGCAAUGCGUUUUACAGCUCUUUUUUAACGGUCUUCAAUGGUUGAAAGCGGUUAUAGAUCA